AUGUUUAAUGCAAGUGGAGCUUGUGGCUAUGAUGACCUAGUCAAAGAAGGAUAUGAUAGUUACAAUACAACUUUAAGCACAAUAUUGUUCAACCAAGGUUCAACUUGUGGGGCUUGCUUUGAGAUUUGGUGUGUCGAUGAUCCACAGUGGUGCCUUGGUCAAUCUGUUAUGGUCACUGUGACCAACUUUUGCCCACCAAAUCCUUCUAAGCCUAAUGAUAAUGGGGGUUGGUGCAAUGUACCGCGAGCACAUUUUGAUCUCUCUAAACAUGCCUUCCAAAAAAUUGCCAAAUACCAAGCUGGGAUGGUACUAGUGUCUUAUAGGAGGGUGCCAUGCCAAAGGUUCGGAGGCAUCAGUUUCACACCAAAAAGAAGUACCCUUUUCUUAGUCAGUAACGUGGGAGGAGCCGAUGACGUUGCAUCGGUUUCCACUAAAGGUUCAGGUGCCUGGCAGCAAAUGAGAAGGAACUGGGGUCAAAACUAG